GGGAGAGGCUACCGCGGCCCUGCGGGCCUUCCCGUGCUAUAGCGGUGGCCGUCGGCGCCGGGUGCCCCUCAGUCUGCCGGCGGCGAGUUUCUGUAGCCCCGGGGGAACGGCGGUGCUGCCUGUCGGUUCGGGUGGUGGCCGGCGGCACCGCCAUCUCACAGGCCCCUCCGGGCGGCUGCCUGACGGCUUCGGCGAUCGAAAAACCGCCUCUGUACGCGGCGGCUGGGGGGAGCUCCUCGAGGGGCUGGUGACCGCCGCCGGGCUGUGCUAGGGGUCGCACAGCCGGGGGUUGCGUUGGUGAACGGUGGUGCGUGAAGGGCUGUACCCAGGUAACCCCGGUGGGUUUGACGGCAGCUGCUCGCUUCGAGUGUGUGUCACAGGCUUGAAUUCCGCGGGGAGACGCUGCAACAGUAAAACCCACAAGGAUUAGCUUAACAACACAAACUGAGGGCUGACUAGGCCGUGCCUUGCCUUGCUGCGGGACCCGCUGUGGUCCUCAGAGCCCUCACCCUGUACAGGAGCCUCUGCCUCCUACCGUGCUCAUCCAAGAGAAACUCAAAAAGCAACAAAUAUGGCCAGUAGUCACAGACCUCCAAUAGCUCGUCCUUCUUCCAGAGCGGGAAUAGGGCUGACCGCGAGGCCUGCCUCUUCAUCAAGGACUCCAUCAGCAGCCAGAAUAGGAACAGGGAUGCCUCCUAGUACAUCAAGACCCAGUUCUCGUGGUGGUUCAACUACUGGAGGAGUUUUACCAUCUCAGAUUAAAGUUGCAGACCGUCCAGUGACUCAACAGGGAUUAAGUGGAAUGAAAACUGCAAUGAAAGGUCCUCAGAGACAGAUAAUGGAUAAAACAUAUUACCUGGGACUACUGAGAAGCAAAACAAACGAACUCACAACAGAAAUUCACAAGCUGCAGGAAGAAGUAGAAAUGUACAAGCAAGAGAAAUCUGUCUAUUUGUCAUAUGAAAAAAGGGCAGAGGCUUUAGCUGGUGAAAUCAAAGAAUUUCAAGGUCAGCUAGCAGACUACAACAUGGUUGUGGAUAUACUCAACACCAAUAUGGAUACAACAGAGGUGAUUCGGGAUUACAAUAUGUUAAAGGUCCAGAAUGACCGUGAUACUCAGAGUGUGGAUAAAAUUUUCACAGAAAGACAAGCCACAGAAAAGUUAAUUCAAGGUGUAGAAGAAGAUAUCGAACGUGAAAAGGUUGUAGCAGAUGACAUAAUAAAAGACAUGUCACAGGAAAAUCAAGCUAAAUAUAUGGAGAUGAAGGCUGCAAAUGAAAAACUUUCCCAGGAAUUGGUUGUUCAACAGCAGGAAUUGGAUGCACUAAAUGUAAAGGAGGAGUCUUUAAGAGCUGAAAUAACGCACUCUCAGGUGAAACAGGAGGCUGUACAGCUGUAUGAAAAGCUCCAUGAGCUUGAGGAACGUCGAGAUCAAAUGGUUGCUGAGGAUAAGAACAUGGAAUCUCCACAGGAGGAAAGAGAGAGAUUACUAAAGCAGGUUAAGGAUGAUAGUCAAGAAAUAGCAAGCAUGGAGAGACAGCUGACAGAAAUAAAAGAAAGAACAAACCAUUUUAAAAAGGUCAUUCAACGACUUGAUCUGGAUCUGGAGAAUCAUCAAGGAGAAGAAAAUUGGAAAUACAAGGAGCUGAAGAAGAGGGAAGAAAGCAUGGACUAUUUUCUUGAGACUUUUGAAGAGGUGAAGAACCAAGAAUUGGAACGAAAGGCCCAAAUAGAAGCCAACAUUGUUGCACUUCUGGAGCACUCAAGCAGGAACGUGAAUCAUAUGAAACAAAUUUCAUCUGUUACCAGUCAAGAGCUGAAGAUUAUGCAGGAAGACCUCACUUUCAAGUCAAAUGAAAUGCAGAAAUCACAAAGCACUGCUAAAAAUCUGAUUACAGAGAGUCAAAAACUGCAGAUGGACCUACAGAAGAUGGAACUCUUGGAGGGCAAGAUGGUUGAUGAGCUGGCUUCUCUUAAAGACAAAACUCAACAAACAAAAAUGGAGUUGGAGGUCUAUAAUAAUUUGCCAGCUCUGAAAGCAUCAGGAGAAGAGAAGAAAAAGAGACUCCAGGAUGACAAAGAAAAAUUAACAAAACAUAGCCAUGCUUUCAAGAAAAUAGUGGAACACUUGAAUACAGAGUAUGAGACACUAAAGAGAGAGCUGCAAGAGAAUGAGACUCAUUGUCAGCUUACAAAUUUGGAGAGGAAGUGGCAGCACCAUGAGCAAAAUAACUUUAUGAUGAAGGAAUUCAUAGCAACAAAAAGUCAGGAGAGUGACUACCAGCCAAUAAUGAAGAAUGUGAGAAAGCUGGUCACGGAAUACAACAAAGCUCUCAUAGAUGCCUUACAAAACACCAAGAACUGAACCCAGGCACUUCCUUCCUGCCCCAGUGGACCAACAAUGAGAGAUGUGCACAGGCAACAUGGAAAGCUGGAUUACUGAGCUCAUUCACUCACUGCUACAGUGACAGUUAUUCCUAAAAGUAUUUUUCCAGAUUUUUAGAACUGAAGGGUUUUAAUAGUAUCCCUCCUUUUGCAACAUUCAAAAAUUUUAGAAAUAAAUUUCUGAAUUUUUAGAAACUUGUAGAAAUAUAAAGGAAGUGCUGCACCUAAAAGCCCAUUGCUGAAUUGCAUCUUAAAUGUGAAAUGUCAGUCUGCUUUACACAGUGAAUCUCUAAUUGUCUUGUAGUCCUAUCCCUGCCUGACAGGCUGUCAUACAUGUUAAGUGGAGUAUAUAAUAAACUAAAUUCUAAUAUCAGUAAACCAUCCCUAUUUAAAUAGCAAUUUAUAACCAGUAAGGAACACAUACAAGGAUGGCAAGCAUCCUUUUAAGUUGGAACUGCUUCAUAGUGUAAAGUCUUAUAAUAAAAGCAAAUGUACUUCAGAUCUGUCAACAAAUUUUCAUUUCCUAAUGGAGAACUGAUCAACUUCCUUAUUUUAUAUUUUGUAAUGUAAUUACAAGGAGAGAACUGUGAUAAAAAGAAGUGAAACACAGCUAAUACUGACCUUGUGCAGAGCAUUUUAUUUUUAUAAUAUUCAACAAUAAAGGAAAUAACAGAGAAAAGUA